AUGUCUGCAUAUAACCCCACGUCCUUCCGGUUCUGGGGCUCAUUCUACUCACCCGCCGAUGAGCAACUCACAUCACUUCCUGGUUCCGAGUUCGAUCAGCCAUUUCUGCAACCAAAAGCCCAGGGCUCAGAGUUUCUUCGUGGCUUUCGUUCUGCCGAUAAGAAUGGACUGGCUGAUGCGUGGGAUGAGAUACAGCAUCAGCGCAUCCCUGAAAUGCCCCCCAUUUACGACCGCGCUCCUGCUGCUCAGCUUCCCCCCACCUUCGACGGACCCCCACAAAGAGUGUUGUCAAGUUUUUUGCACUCAUUUGUUGACAGUAGCCGUGCAGGAGUUCCUUUUCGUCCAGCACCACUUCCGUUAUUAGGGUUGUCUGAAGGUGACAAACAAUGCAUACGGGACCGUAGUAGUAUAAUGGCCCGACACUUUUUUGCCGAUAAGAGUGACGAGUUUAUCAAUGCUCAGGUAAAUGCACUACUGUUGUCUCUUGAAAUUGACAAUGAUGUCCGAGCAAGGGGACCUGUUCCUGGGAGAUAUCGGGAGCUGGAGGAUUAUUGGAAUGAGUCCCAGGGUAUAAUCACACCUGGUGCUCAUGCUGCAGAUAGGUGGAUAUCUGAGUUUAACCAGCAUAGGGCAGACCAUAGUAAUCCUGAUGCUUGGGUCAACUCAUUUGAAAAACAACAUGGUACCAAUGGUUGGGCCUCAGAAUUCGAGCAGGAACAGUCUCAAUGUCAGGGGUCAGGAUACAGUGGCCAGGAGAUCCACCCAGCACAAAGGCCCAUGAAAAGCCAUUUCCAGCCUAUUACAUCUUUGCACACCUUUUACCAGAUGCAAUGUGCAAGAUGGCUCCAAGAUCCCUUUUUGGUAGGACCAUUGGACGGGUGA